AUGGGCGCCAUUAAGUCUAAACGGUUUAAAAAGACUCCUCAGGUUCUCUUCUUGGGCUUGGAUUCGGCUGGGAAAUCAACUUUGCUGUACAGACAGCAGCGUGGCGUGCUGAUGGAGACCUCGCCUACUGUGGGCUUCAAUGUUGCGACUGUAGAGCUGGACAAGAAGACCUUACUGUCCGUGUGGGAUGUUGGGGGACAAGGAACCAUGAGGCCCAAUUGGAAAUUCUACCUGGAGGGAUGUAAGGUUCUGGUCUUCGUGGUGGACAGCAGUGAUCGUGCCAGGAUGGAAGAAGCUCAGAAAGCCCUGAAGAAGAUUCUGAGUCAUGAGCAUUUGAAAGGGGUUCCCCUGAUGGUGCUGGCUAACAAAAAAGAUCUGCCAAACUCUCUGACUAUUAGAGAAGUGUCUACAUUGCUGGAGCUGGAUAAUUACACAGAUCGGGUUUGGGAGAUCCAAGCUUGCAGCGCCCUGGAGGGACUGGGUCUCCAACAAGCCUUUCUCUCUAUAGCUAAACUAUUGCAUAAAGCAUAA